GCUCCGCCCCCUCCACGCGCGCGCACGCACCUCCCCCUCUUGUCCGUGGCUGUUGGCGAUAAUCCGCCUCUCUGUCUCCGCAGUCAUCAUGGCGGAAAUCAAAACGGGAAUAUUUGCAAAAAACGUGCAGAAGCGUCUGAACCGAGCGCAGGAGAAGGUGCUGCAGAAGCUGGGAAAAGCAGAUGAGACCAAGGAUGAGCAGUUUGAACAAGUUGUCAUUAACUUUAGACGACAAGAGUCUGAAGGCUCUCGACUGCAGAGGGAAAUGAAGACCUACAUCUCUGCCAUUAAAGGGAUGCAGCAAGCCUCCAUCAACCUCACGCAGUCCUUACAUGAAGUUUAUGAACCAGAUUGGCACGGGAAAGAAGACAUCAUUACGAUUGGAAAGGACUGCGAUGCCUUGUGGGAAGAUUUCCACAACAAAGUGGUGGACUCCACACUUCUGAAUCUAGAUGAAUACCUGCAAAGGUUUCCAGACCUAAAGGCUCGUGUGGCCAAAAGAAGUCGGAAGCUCAUCGACUAUGAUAGUGCUCGACAUCACGUUGAAACUCUCCAGGUGUCUGGGAUGAAGAACGACCGCAAGAUGAUUAAGGCAGAGGAAGAGUUGAAAAAGGCUCAGAAAGUGUUUGAUGAGCUGAAUGUUGGUCUGCAGGAUGAACUACCGACUCUGUGGGGCAGCCGAGUGGGUUUUUACAUCGGCACCUACAAAAGUGUGACAAGCUUGGAGACAAAGUUUCAUCGUGAGAUAUCUCUGGUGAGUUUAAAAAAAAGAAACACUUGAUGUCACAACUAGAAAUC